AAUUUUCGCUUUCGAGGGUCCUUUUCCUCCAGACGUUUCGAAACUAGCCUUAGGGUUCUUGUUGAUUGCCGAUUGGAAGCGCGAAAUUUUCAGUUUGUGAAUCAUGGCCGAGCAUCACGAGCACGACGAGCCAAAGUCUGAAUCAUUGCUAGACAAGGUAUCUGAGAAGAUUCAUGACCACCAUUCCUCAUCGUCUUCGUCUGAUUCCGACAACGAAAAGAAUAAAUCAACUCCUUCAAUCCAGUCCAAGGUUUUCCGACUUUUUGGAAGGGAAAAGCCUGUUCAUAAUGUCCUUGGUGGUGGAAAACCGGCCGAUGUUAUGCUAUGGAGGAAUAAGAAGAUAUCAGCUUCUGCUCUUGGUGUUGCAACGGCUGUCUGGGUUCUAUUUGAAUUGCUUGAAUACCAUCUACUCACUUUGGUGUGCCACUUCCUAAUUCUUGCUCUGGCAAUUUUGUUCCUGUGGUCCAAUGCCUCAACUUUUAUCAACAAGACGCCACCACGGAUCCCAGAAGUUCACAUCCCGGAGGAACCUGUCCGACAGUUUGCUUCUGCUCUUAGAACUGAGAUCAAUUGGUUUCUGGCUACUUUGAGGGAUAUUGCAUCAGGGAGGGAUCUCAAGAAAUUUCUUUCUGUAAUUGCAGGGUUAUGGGUUUUCUCUAUUAUGGGGAGCUGUUGCAACUUCUUGACGUUGUUCUAUAUAGCCUUUGUUUUGCUUCACACUGUUCCUGUGCUCUAUGAGAAGUAUGAAGAUCAAGUGGAUGCCUUUGCGGAGAAGGCAACCGCGGAGAUGAAGAAGCAUUAUGCGGUGUUUGAUGCCAAGGUUUUGAGUAAGAUUCCCAAGGGACCUCUGAAAGACAGAAAGAAGGACUGAAGUGGCUGACAAUUGUUGUGCAUUUGGGUUUACAUCAAUAUCCUGUUAUACUUUGGACCCCGUCAUUAGUUAAAGCGCUAUCUUGUUAUAAUCUUAGCUUUUUAGGGCUUCUUGGAAGAAUGGCUGUGGAAGGAAGGAAAUAUUCUUUCCGCUUCAGCUGCUUUCCUAGUUGUCAUUCCAAUUCUAAGUGAUAUGUAUUUCUUGUCUUCUUUUGGUUUAAAUUUAAGAUGAAGAGUUCAGGGGGUUUCUGUACAUCCAGGGUUGACUUUCCGUUUAUUUAUAGUCAUGAUAAACCUUAAUGACACUGAUUUCAUGGAGUGCACUUGUCUGUUU